GCGGCCCGCGCUUCCGCGUCGGGAGCCGGCGGCGGAUCCCGGGACGCGGAGACCCGGGGUCCCGGCAGCGGGGCGGCCCGCGGGCCCGGGGCUGGGAUGCAUCGCCGCGGGGUGGGAGCCGGCGCCAUCGCCAAGAAGAAGCUGGCCGAGGCCAAGUACAAGGAGCGAGGAACUGUCUUGGCUGAGGACCAGCUGGCCCAGAUGUCAAAGCAGUUGGACAUGUUCAAGACCAACCUGGAGGAAUUUGCCAGCAAGCAUAAGCAGGAGAUCCGGAAGAAUCCAGAAUUCCGGGUGCAGUUCCAGGACAUGUGCGCCACCAUCGGGGUGGAUCCUCUGGCCUCUGGAAAAGGAUUUUGGUCUGAGAUGCUGGGCGUGGGAGAUUUCUAUUAUGAGCUGGGUGUUCAGAUCAUCGAAGUGUGCCUGGCCCUGAAGCACCGGAAUGGAGGUCUGAUAACUCUGGAGGAACUACAUCAGCAGGUGUUAAAAGGAAGGGGCAAAUUCGCACAGGAUGUCAGCCAAGACGACCUUAUCAGGGCCAUCAAGAAGCUGAAGGCGCUCGGCACCGGCUUUGGCAUCAUCCCCGUGGGUGGCACCUACCUCAUUCAGUCUGUUCCGGCUGAGCUCAAUAUGGACCACACGGUGGUGCUGCAGCUGGCGGAGAAAAAUGGCUACGUGACCGUCAGCGAUAUCCAAGCCAGUCUUAAAUGGGAGACCGAGCGAGCGCGGCAAGUGCUGGUUUACCCGCGAGGUAACGGACGCGGAACUAAGCACGGUGGCUCCCAUUGUGUAAAUACGGGAAGGCACUCGUGUAGAUGCAGCCUGAAAACCCCACUGAAGCCAAAACAGGUGUGGGGGGUUGUCAGUCUCCCCUACGGGGGCUCCCUUGUCCCAGAGGAUUCUUCCUCCCCGUUCCCUCCAGGAACACCUGCUGAAGGAAGGGCUGGCCUGGCUGGACCUACAGGCCCCCGGGGAGGCCCACUACUGGCUGCCCGCUCUUUUCACGGACCUCUACUCCCAGGAGAUUACAGCCGAGGAGGCCAGAGAAGCCCUCCCCUGACUCUGGGAGCGCCCAGGGGGUGGGGGCCCAGCAGCUGGCAGGGAGAGGAGGGGAGAGCGGUUGGCGAAUAAAACCCGAACAACUUUG